UGAAGUUUGAAUAUGAACGUGGCCUUGUCGGUGUGCUAGUGCUAUGUUUUUUUCCAUCUUCGUAAACUAAAUUUUAUCUAAAAAUGUCCGACGCAAUUGUGCCGCCCAAGGGUCAACCUGUUCCCGGUGAUCCUGAAAAAAAGGGAUGGCUCUUUAAGUGGACGAAUUAUCUUAAAGGAUAUCAGCGAAGAUGGUUCGUGUUGUCAAAUGGUUUAUUAUCAUAUUACAGAAACCAGGCUGAGAUGUCACAUACAUGCCGUGGCACUAUAUCUUUGCUUGGUGCAUUGAUUCACACUGCAGACUCAUGCACAUUUGUUAUCAGCAAUGGAGGCACACAGACUUUCCACAUCCGAGCCCAUGAUGAAGUAGAGCGUCAAAGCUGGGUCACAGCACUUGAACUAGCGAAGGCAAAGGCCAUUCGGGCGCAGGAAUCAGAUGAUGAUGAAGAUCAAAUGUCAACGGGGCCAGCAGUUAUGGGUGGAACUGACUGUGAUAAUGAAGAUGCAGGUGGAAUAGCCCGAGAAAUGGGAGCUAGAUUUCAUGACUUGCGCACAUGUUCUGAACUGGUCGCAAGACAUGGGGCAGCUCUGCAGCGCUCUCUUGUGGACUUGGAGAUACCUCCCACUGACACUACAAAGCAAGUCUCUGAGCGGGCCACUUUAUUUAGGAUAUCCUGUAAUGCAAUGAUGAAUGCAUGUUCAGAGUUCAUGAGUGCAGCAGCAGCAUCCAGUGCCCGUAUGAGCCGGGCAUUGCAGCAUGAACGUGAACAGAAGAUGAGACUACAAGAGGUAGUUGAACAACUGGCACGGCAACACGACAACCUGGAGAAGACAGUAACUGCUAGAAGUACUCCUCACACAGGAGGAAACGGUUCGGGACAAGGUAACGAAACCGAUGAGGAAAAUGAGUUCUUUGACGCUAUGGAAGAAGGAGUCUCCUCUGCUAUGGAGGACAAGACUUCGUUUGUAAUUAAAGUGCCUGUAAAUAGAAAAAACAAAGUAAAAAGUGGGGAAAGUUCUGAUGAGUCUGAAGGUGAAACUUUGACGGAAACUCAACAGGUGAUAUUUGUGGAAGAUAAGGAGAGAGCAGAGAGUGCGAUGGGCGGCGCGGAUGCGGCCACGGCCAGCAAACUAACCGACAACAAAGAGAAACAGGAAAUUGUAAUAUGGCCCCACGUGUCGGAGGCCACGUCGAGUACAGUGGACGGGCACCCGCGGCGGACGCGCGUGCCCGACAAGCCCAACUACCCGCUCUCACUGUGGUCCAUCAUGAAAAACUGCAUCGGCAAAGAACUAUCGAAAAUCCCAAUCCCGGUAAACUUCAGCGAGCCGCUGUCCAUGCUGCAGCGGCUGGUGGAGGACUACGAGUACUCGUCCAUCCUGGACCAGGCGGCGCAGUUCACCGACCCCGCGCAACAGCUGGCGUACGUGGCCGCCUUCACCGUGUCGUCGUACGCCACCACAGCGUGCAGGACAACGAAGCCGUUCAACCCGCUGCUGGGCGAGACGUACGAGUGCGACCGUAUGACGGACCUCGGCUGGCGGGCCAUCUCUGAACAGGUGUCGCACCACCCGCCGAUGGUGGCGCAGUUCUGCGAGGGGGUGGCGGGCUGGCAGUGCUGGCAGGAGUUCACCAUGACCACCAAGUUCCGCGGCAAGUACCUGCAGGUCAUCCCGCUGGGCGGCGCCUUCGCAUACUUCCCCGCUGAGGGCAACAAGUACACUUGGAGGAAGGUGACGACGACGGUGCACAACAUAAUCGUGGGCAAGCUGUGGGUGGACAACCACGGCGACAUGGACAUCGCGGGCGAGGCGGGCCCCGCCGCCGGCUACGUGGCGCACCUCAAGUACCUGCCCUACGGCUACUUCAGCAAGGACACGCAGCGCAAGGUCACCGGCGUGGUGAAGGACCCGCAGGGCGUGCCGCGCUACGUGCUGCAGGGCCACUGGGACAGCCGCGUCGAGGUUGCGCCAGUCACCUCCGCCUCGCCCGACAACACCGUGUGCAAGACGGGCAAGUUCACGCUCGCCUGGCAACGCGUGCCCGCGCCGCCCGACGCCGACAAGUGCUACAACUUCACGCUGCUGGCGGCGCAGCUCAACGAGCCGGAGUCCGGCGUGGCGCCCACCGACUCGCGCCUGCGCCCCGACCAGCGCCUCAUGGAGGAGGGGCUGUGGGACGAGGCCAACGCGGAGAAGCUGAGGCUGGAGGAGAAGCAGCGCGCAGCGCGGCGCGGGCUGGAGGCGGCGGCGGAGCAGGCGGCGGCGCGCGGGCUGGCGCCGCCCCCGCCGCCCGCGCCGCUGUGGUUCACGCGGCAGGCGGCGCCGGGCCAGCCGCACCUGCGCCACCUCUACAACCACCGCUACUGGGACGCCAAGCGCGCGCAGGACUGGGCCGCCUGCCCCGACAUCUUCUAGUGCUAGUGCUGACCCGUGCGGUAUAACGUGGAAUGUAUUCAAAAUGUGCCCUGACGUGUGCUAGUGCUCACCCGUGCGAUAAAACAUGGAAUGUAUGAAAACUGUGCCCCAACAUCUUCUAGUGCUAGUGCUGACCCGUGCGAUAUUACGUGAAAUGUAUGAAAAAUAUUUAACUUCAGUGAUGCUUCAAUGGAGUGUGAACACCAUUAAGCUUGGUCUAUCGCUCCAAUUCAAAUUUCAAUUAGUAUUUAGAAUACUAAUUGAGCAAUGAAUAAAUGGAAUAGUUCCGCUCGCUAAGUGUUAAGGCGAAACAGUACAACUGUAUAAUAGUGUAAGCACUGCCCUUUGCAAAGUUGGUAUAUAAGAACUGAGCCAUUGCAGGCUCUUAAUAGCUUAAUUUGGAUUCAACACUAAAACCGAUCACUCAUCACAACCUAGUUGCACAAGUUAAAUUUGAAAUAUUCAAUGUUAAAAAAAAAAAUGUGCAACUGAUAAAAUUAUUGCUGCAACUAGUCUUGAAACAUGUGACCAUUGUGUUUACUUGUAUUGUACACAAUUCUCUGAUAGUAUUAUUCUCUACACCAUAGGUUCUCAACUUUAUUUUGUUCAACGCCCCUUUUGAGAGGUAUCUUCAUCAGAAUAUAAUUUCUUAAUGCUUAAAAAAUAAAUUAACAACUUUUUUUAUUAUACAAUUUAAUGUGGAUCUAAAAUCUGUUCAAUCUGCAUCUACUUAAUUGAAUUUCUACUCAUAAUAUUUUCCAAGUCUGAGGGAGCCUGCUGUAGAGACUGUAUUAUUUCAAUCUAUUUUCUUCCUGUUGUUACAUCUUGUUGUCUUUUGGUUUUCUCUCAAGUUGGGUUUUUUUUGCACAAAAGUGGCAUUAUGGCACAUAUUAAGAACCUAUGCCCUAUAUCUCAGUGUAUGAUUUAAAAUUCAAACCACUACAUAGUUUUUCAUCCAUAUUUCAUUUUUGCAAUCAUCUAACAUAGUUAUUUCAGCCAAAUGUCUUUGAUAACAUCAUUUGUUACAUCAAGUAGCUGUGAUUUUUCUGUUUUAAUGAUCAUCCACAAUGAUUAUUUCAACAAAAUUAUUUUGUUUAACGGUUUUUGUAAAAAAAUGGCGUCACUACACUAAUGCUACUUUACGUAAAAUGUCAUUAGUACUGGUGGUAGUGUAGUAAAAAUAAUGUUAGAUUAUCGCAAAAAUUAAAAUAUGGUUAAAAACUAUGUAGUAGCCCAUAUUUUUAAUUGUAUACUGACAUACAUAAUAGAUAGGCUGAUAUUGUAAACAAUUGUGUACAACUGGCUGUGCUGCUAAAUGGUAGACGUCUACAUAUCCGCAUUGUAAGUAUCAGCCACAUCACAUCAAACUGAUUGAAUUCGUAUAAAAAGUCGUACAAGUGUGGCGACUGAUACACAUCAUAUAAAUCUCAUGAAUCUACCGUAAAAUAAAAAUCUAUUGAAUGUGAUGCGGAUAUGUGGACACAUUCCUAAAGUUGGAACUUUAGAACUAUGUUGAAUGUUUUAAUUUAUUAUAUUGAGUCUCACAAGCUGUUACAAAUAUUAUUAAUACUGUACAAUUUGUAUAGUGCAAGUGUAUAUUUUGUUCAUUUCAUAUUUCCCGUCACUCAGUUUUUUUUAUAACUACUGUCAUUUGUAAGGUCUAUUCAACAUCAGUUUAGAUAGACUAAUGUAACAUGAUGGGAUUAGCCUGGCAAAAAGAGGAACUAUCAUCUGGCAUUAAUAGAGGAACUAUCGCCAAUAUGACAACAUAUGUGAAAUAGGGGUUGAAUCCUUUAUUAUUAAAGCUUUAGCUAUGAAAUUUUAGGUACAUAAAUCAUGAAAUAGAUAUGAAAUAUAAUUUAUUCAAGAAUUUUUAAAAAUUAAUUAAAAAAUUAAAAUCAAUCAAAAUUUAACCGAAUGUUUUCAGAAAUAUAACAAAACAAGAAUUUUAAGAAUGGGGUUGAAUCUUUUUAUGAAAGUGUAUUUUGACUUACCCUAUUUUUUAGCGGGAGUCCGCUAGUGAUUCUAUAUAUUAAUCUAGAAUUCAUACUAUUAGUAUGUGUGCCAAAUUUCAUUUAAAUCAGUUCACCUGUUUUUGUGUGAUCUAGUAACAUACAUACAAACUUUUACAUAUAUAUUAAUAUGAUUUUGUAGCAGUAACUUGACAUGAGAGAACACAUUUUUUAGUAUUUGUCAGACGUAAGACAUGUUUAUUUUGUGAACUUUCCCUCUCAAUUGAAUAGUUUACAAAUCUGUUGUAAUAUAUGUACAGUAUUUUCAUAUUGUAAUGAAUACUUACUUUUUUGUGAUUUGAAUUUUAAAGAUUAUGUAAAUCUUACAAUAAUGUAUCAAAUAGGUGUUUGAUUUUGAGUUAUAUGUAACAAAGUAAAUUUACAAGUUGUAAAUUGUAAGUAGACCUUCUUCGACUUUUGUGUUUGUUUUGAUUAGAUAGACAUUUUAUUUUGUUUUGUUACUAUUUAUAGAACGCCUGAGAUGAAAGAGAGAACGAUAGUGUCAAUGCCACCGCUUAAGUCCGGCCGCUCAGAGACGUGCGUUUCUGACAGGUCGUGAUUGUUGAACUGCGCUUUUUCAAGGUUAUGCCAACUGUUUGUCUUUGUAGUAAUGAGACUAAAUAAAGAGGCGAUUGUAAUUGAAUGUUUGCUCCAUUCGAUCACAACCUGUCAAAAACGCAAUCUCUGAGCGGUCAGACUUUAGUGGUUGCCUAUGACAUUUUUCUCUUUACAAGAUAUGUCAUUACACAUACCGCUCGCUUUCGUGCCAUUGCAACGAAAGAGUGAGCAAUGACAUAAAUAUGUUAUUUUUAUUGGACCGGGACGAAAGAGCAUAGACAACAUACUCUCUUGGCGAUACGUUAGAACACGUGUAUAGGUCAAUUCCAUUAGAAUAACAAACUCACUGAUUAAAAAAGAAACAUAAAUGGGGACAGCAAAUUCCCAAAUAUAAUUUUUGUAAAUUUUUCAAUUUAUUGCCAGAGCUAAGUGUCGAUUAAUUCGGCGACGUAUUGCUUUGCAGUUAUCUUUUCUAUCAUAUUUUUAACCAACUUCCAAAAAGGAGGAGGUUCUACAUUCAACUGUAUGUAUGUUUUUUUUUGUAUAUUUACCAUUGUAUAGAUCGCACUGUGGAAUGUAAACUCGCCCUUUGCGAGUCUUUAGUGUAUUGUGACAACGAAACUCAAUUAUCGGCAUACCUACUACUGAUUUACAUUUUUAUAUGACAACAAAUACUAUAUUGUAUUUUUUUUGAAAAAUAGGGUCAUUGUAUAGAAAUUUCAAUUCCAACAUAAACAGUAUGGAUUUUUUUUAUACAGUUUAAUUUAUUAUAUAAAAUUAUUGUAAUUGUAAUUAUGCGAAGUAUUAGCUUUAGUAUCAUUAAAUUCAUUCAAGUUAAUUUAUAUUAGACGGUGAGAAAAAGUAUAACGAGGGUGCUAUUUCCAUUUAAAAAAAAUAGCACGCUUUUCACGCUUCCAUUUUAGAUAAUAUUAAAGGAAUUAAAAUAGUGGGCACGGAAAGCUAUUUAGAAACAGUAUACCUAAUUUAUAUAAUUAAUAAAUAGUAAUCAAUUAACAUAGGUAAAUAAACUAUUAAGCUUUUAAAGCUAUAAAUGACGAUUAUUAUAAUCAGGGGGUUAAUUAUGCAACUUUGAUUCAAAUGAAGUAGUUUAUUUGCAAGUUUUACUGUUAUACCUAAUAAUAAAAUAUACGAACGACUUGCAAAGAUUCUUAGUUGUUUAAAUAGACGAUUUUAGGUCUUCUAAAUAUUCUUUCUUCUAAUUUUGCCAAGUGUCGCGUAUUAACUCUCUGGUUUAAAAAUACAAUGCAAAAAACGUUAAAAAAAAGAUUUUUACGUUUUAAUUUGUCACAGGCUUUUGGCAUAAUGUGGUCAAAUUCAAAUAAAUCCUUGUGACAAAUUGAACAACAAAAAUCACAACUUCUAUUCUGAAAACAUUUGUUUAUUUAAGGACAUUGGAAACUAUCAAACCUGUUUGACAAAUUUUGCUUUCCAAACUUGACGUUUUCUUCAAGCUAUGUUUAACAAAGUCGCAAAUUGUCAAAUUAUUUGACAAACACUUUGUGUUGACAUGGUUUUGACUAAGGUUUGAUCGUUUCUAAGGCGCUUAAGGACUGAAGUCAAAAAGUACUAAUUAACUACAAACAAUAGAGGGUGACAAAUUAACCAGAGGUCAUGAUUUGACAAAAUAUAGGCUUUUUCUGAAACUACCCUUGCCAGUAUAACAUGUUAAUUACUGGGCACCCCGUCCUGUAUAGUAUCACCGUUCGUUCGGUGUUUAUUAUUUAAUAUUUAUUUAUGUGACAGUUCCGAGACAUAAUAAAAAUUGCUCUUGCGUACAUUUAUGAGAUGAUAGUUUAAUUUUUAGGCGAAAGCUGACUUGAAGCUUGGAUGCUUUCACUUUAAAAGCAUGACGAAGCUUUCGCUGCUGACCUGACGCUAUCCGUAAUGCCUUAUCGUAAGAGCAAUGGUUUGUCAUAAGUGUUAAAAAUAACUCAAGUUUAUAUCAAAGCACAUUCUAAUCUCAUUGUUGACUGUACUGUUGAUAUGGACUUGACGCGGUUUAUAGUAUUUUGUAAGAUCUAUUACAAAUUGUACAUUUUCAAGUGGAUGUAAGAUAAUUUGUUAAUAUUUUAUUAUUAAUAGAAAAUAUUUGAAUACAAAGCCAUAAUCUCUGUAUCAUGUUGAUUAUAAAAAUAAAAUAUCUCACUAA